UAUUUAUACAUCCGGUGAAUCAUCUAGAGGGGGGGGGUGCUAUCAUUGAGUUUUGAUGGGAUGUUUCCAUCAUGGCGGCAUCCAUUUCGGGAUAUACUUUUAGUUCUGUGUGUUAUCACAGCGCUAACAGCAACUCUGAUCAUGAGGGAUUCCUUUUAGGAGAAGUUAGGCAUGAGGAAACUGUCAGCAUCAGUGAUACACAGAUCAGCAAUUCUGAACUACUCCAAGUAGUAGAAGUCCACAAUCAUGAACCUUGUGCACAGCUAUUUAGCUUUUAUGAUUAUGCUGGACAAGUCAAUGAAGAGAGUCUUAACAGAAUUCUUAAAGACAGGCGGAAAAAUGUCAUCGGCUGGUACAGGUUCAGGAGGAACACGCAGCAGCAGAUGUCGUUCAGGGAACAGAUCAUCCAUAAGCAGCUGACCCAGCUCCUGGGCGUGCCUGACCUAGUCUUCCUCCUCUUUAGCUUCAUCUCCACGGCCAACAACUCCACACACGCCCUGGAAUAUGUGCUGUUCAGACCCAAUCGCAGCAGGUACAACCAGAGGGUGACCCUCAGCAUCCCAAACCUGGGCAACACCAGCCAGCAGGAAUACAAGGUCUCCUCUGUCCCCAACACCUCACUCAACUACGCCAAGGUCAUCAAAGAGCAUGGGGCUGAAUUCUUUGACAAAGACGGUGUGAUGAAGGAUAUCAGAACAAUUUUUCAAGUCUACGGUGCACUACAAGAUAAAGUGCAAUCUGUAUGUGGAGAGGUUGAGCAGAGUGAACGUGUGAAAGAGAAAGUCCAGGAGGAGGUGAACAAACUCAAACAGCAAAUUGUUCUCAGGAAACGAAAAACCACAGAUGAAGAGAGAAGACUCCAGGAAGCACAGAACCCUGAGCCACGUCCCACUCCUGAGGAGAACACAGAGCCCCCGGAGACCUCCCUCCUGUCCAGAGUGGCCUUCCACACCCCAUCCACCCCCGAGCGGCCAGGGCCCUCCGCAAACCCUCCUGCCUACGCAGACCUCCUCUCCUUGCAGAAUGACUCACUUCUCCCCUUCUCAUCCUCCCCUACCAGUGCUGCGCUCCUCCCCCGGCCCCAGGCUGUGGGCUCCCCCGGCCACCCUUCUCCCAGCCCAUUAGGUCUGGGCCUCAGUGCUGGCCCCAACCCUGCUCCUAGCCCUGGUACGCCCUACCUGGGAAACGGGGACGGAUCCAGCUCUGACUCCCUGGACAGACAGGCCGCAGGGCAAGAGGAUGAUGACGACGAGGAGGAAGAUGAUGAUGAUGAUAAUGAGGACAGCAGCGAGUACGAGAACCUUGUGAGCGAAGUGGGGCAGUUGCCCCCAGUUUCCACCAGUGUGUUGGUGCAGGGCCGCCCAGCCGCCCUCAGUCCGGACGGCGACGCCUCAGUCCGUGGCUCACAGACCUAGUAGAUGCGAACAUGUGGGGAGGGGGGGCUCAAUUAACUGACGCACCGGGAUAGGAGGGCGUCCAAACCAAUCAAAGAUAGUUCUUCUAUAUUACAGAGGAAGUGCCAGCCCUGAAAAUAAAAGGCAUGCGCAGGUGGGGUAUUCCGCUGUGUAUAUCUGUUUGGCUUAGUUUGAUCUCUAUUCUGGGGGGAAUGUCAAGCUUCAUGGGGUUUUACUUUUCUGUCUAGCAUGGAAAAGCUAGUCUGUUGGAGCCUGACUCUUCAGUGGAUGUGUUUUUGAUUUAGGGACGGAGGACGUUAUAAUGGAAUAAACGGCAACCGGUUUGUCCGACCUCUCCGUAUGGAUAGACCCACUCCGCUUUUCCUGGAUCAUGCUGCGUCACAUCUGCAUCACCAACUUUAAGCAUCCAAUUGUACCAUUACCUCUUGCACUAUUUUUGCUUUCUUUUAACAAUUUAAGAAAAGCAAAAUGUUCUGCGGCCUUCAAACCUUUUUCUUUUUUUUGUGAGACAGGCAAGAUUUUUUUCAAUAUUUUUUUUGGGGUGAUGUGCUUAUUACAAAAAAGAAGAGAGAUGGUGGUAACUGCCAAAGUAAUGGAAACACUUGAGAAAGUAUAUUCAAAGCAGAUGCUUCCACACAGGUGGGGAACCUGAGUUAAGCAAUUAUCAUCCUAUCAUGCCUAGGGGCAUGUAUAAAAAUGCUUGGCAGGCCAUUAUUUUGGCUACAACGGCUAUGCCACCAACCACAGGGCACGAGUGGUUACUGAAUGGUUUGAUGAGCAUGAAAACAAUGUAAACCAUAUUCCAUUGCUGUCUGUCACCAGACCUCAUCCCAAUUGAACACUUAUGGGAAAUUCUGGAGCGGUGCCUGAGACAGCAUUUUUCACCACCAUCCAUGUCGCAUCCCGCCCAAGUUCCAGACACUUGUAGAAUCUAUGCCAAGGUGCAUUGAAGCUGUUCUGGCCCCAACGCCCUAUUAAGUCACUUUAUGUUGGUGUUUCCUUUAUUAUUGUCAGUUAUGUAUGUAAACUAUCAUUUUGUUAGCCUGCACGGUUCUAGACACUCAACUUUGAACUGUCAUUAGGAUUUAAUUUCCUUUUAACAAGCGAUGUAUUUUUAUGAAUCAUGCGUUUGCCUAUUUAGAUGACGAAGAAUAGUUUUUAUUCAGUUUUCCUUUGCCUCUACUAUAAUGGGUGCUUACAUUAUUUUUAUGACAACGUUAAUGUCACUCUGUCUCAUUCUUCUAUAAUAACACUGAAACUGUAUGCGCUUUGCUGCACUUAACAAAUGUAGUUGAUUUCUUUUAUUGUGCUUUACCAAUGCAGUUCAGUUGUGCUACUUGAGUAGUAUGCUCUGACCACCUGAGCAGAGCUAGCUCAGCUUUUGCGUAUUGUAUGGGGUCGACAGGGCGAAAACACAACUUACUGUAGCUUUACUAACCAGACAACACUGCUGCAUCAGAGCUAGCAGUAGAAAAAAACUGCUUCUACAUAGACCUGUCUGCUUCUUACACCUGUUGUUCUUGCACUGCUGGUUGCCUCCAUUACUGCUGACACUGACUAGAAUGGCUUCUCCCUAGGUAAUUCUGAUGGAAAGGUUCUCCCUGUAGUGUCUAAAUGUGUUACAGCCUGGGAACAAGGCAACUCCUGCCUGUCUUGUCAAACCAAUAGACCUCACACACUCAAAGCUGGUUGGGCUAAAUGUGUAUGGACCUUUUGAUAAUGUGACAAAUAUGACCUCAAUUCAUAGUCCAGUGCCUUCCAUUUUGACAGUUACACUGGCUCGUAACUACACACACAAUGCAAGCGACUGGAAAGAAGUUUGUUCCAAUUGUGGUGAGAGGAUCCUUUACCCUGCAGUGUUAUCCUACGCCUUGUAUAUAUUUUUUGUGCCCUGCUUACCCCCACAUCACAUUUGGUUGUUUACAGUCACAUUAGUUACGCUAACAUAGCAGGCAUAAAAGAAACGUCUGAAGCUAGAUCCCCUACAUACUAGUCUUGACUAGAAGAAAAAAACACUGUCAUGGGAGGUUCUCUUCUGCACUGUUCAAUCAAUCCAGUAAAUGUCGAGGAGGAGUUAAGAGGGAGUGUCGCCUUGUUAAUGUCCAAAAGGAGAAGUUGCAUCACUUGCUCACUUUCCAUUUCCCCUGAAAAUUGGAACAUCCGGUUGUUGGGGACUUUGCAGAGGCUACUGUCACGUUGGAUGGGUACUGUUAGAAACCAACUUUGCAGUAGACUUUCUUCCUUGAACCUUCACAGAAUCCCAAUAUUGCUGUUUGAAACUGGAAUUACACUGAACAAAAAUAUAAACGUAAAGUGUUGGUCUGAUGUUUCAUAAUAAGCUGAAAUAAAAGAUCCCAGACAUUUUCCAUACGCACAAAAAGCUUAUUUCUCUAAAAUUGUUGGCACAAAUUUGUUUAGAUCCCUGUUAGUGAGCAUUUCUCCUUUGCCAAGAUAAUCCAUCCACCUGACAGGUGUGGAAUAUCAACAAGCUGAUUAAACAGCAUGAUCAUUACACAGGUGCACCUUGUGGGGACAAUAAAAGGCCACUCUAAAAUGUGCAGGUUUGUCACACAACACAAUGCCAGAGAUGUCUCAAGUUUUGAGGGAGCAUGCAAUUGGCAUGCUGACUGCAGGAAUGUCCACCAGAGUUGUUGCCAGAAAAUUCAAUGUUUAAAAGACAUUGGAGACAUAAGCUGCCUCCAAUGUCGUUUUAGAGAACUGGCCUCACAACCGCAGACCACGCGUAACCACGCCAGCCCAAGGACCUCCACAUCCGUCUUCUUCACCUGCGGGAUCGUCUGAGACCAGCCACCCAGACAGCUGAUGAAACUGAGGAGUAUUUCUGUCUCAUAAAGCCCUUUUGUUGGGAAAAACUAAUUCUGAUUGGCUGGGUUGGCUCCCAAGUGGGUGGGCCUAUUCUCUCCCAGACCCACCCAUGGCUGCGCCCCUGCCCAGUCAUGUGAAAUACAUAGAUUAGAGCCUAAUAAAUUAAUUUCAAUUGAUUUCCUUAAUUGAACUGUAACUAAGAAAAAUUGUUGCAUGUUGCGUUGAGUCAAGCCCAGAACGAUGAGUGUGUGACACAUUUAGAGAUGGCCCAGUGACUUUUUAGAGAUAAGCUAGUGAGUGAGGGGAGACUUGAGUGACUGUAGGGGACCUUGCACGUUCGAGGCAGACAAUGACACAGCUCACUUCUCCAUGGAUGGUUUUAAGCACUGGAAACUGAAGGACAUUUAGCAUGAUAAUGUGUAAGGAAUAGUCUGCAAAUUAGCCAGAAGGGAUGUAGGGAGAAGCUUUACCAUGUAAAGCACUUUGUCCUUUUUACUGCAGCCAGCUUUUCCCAUGUACAGCCCAUGUCUUGUGUGUCGCUCUUUCUGUCUUAAGGUCAUCUAGCUUUCCUUCAUCACUUAGCCAUGUCAACUCAUAACGUGGCGGACUGGUACUCCAUUUUUAUUUUAUUGUUUACAAAUUAAUCACUGAAUAACAAAGUCACAACUGAUUAUAAUGACAAAAUUGAGAGUGAAAGGAGUGGUUUCCACUUGAUCACUGGAAUAAAUAAUGGGAGUUAAGAACAAAUAAUCAAUAAUGUACACUGUACAGUAGAUGGGAGGGGGUAGCAUUCAAACAGCACUUAUUUAUGAGCAUCUCAGUCAUGAUGGAAGUGGCUGGCAGGAGAGGAGGGUGAAAGUACUCUAAACAACACGGUUUGGCCCCAAGCUGAAAGCGGCCCCUGAGAUCCUUCUCCCUGAAGCACAAAGUCCCAUUAAAUCCCUGAUGUCUGAACAUGUCUAUCAUAGGCGGGACAGUGAUAGACCAAGCUCUUUUGGUCACAGUAGUUCUCUCACAGAGAAUACGGUUCUUAAGUGGGGUGUAAUAAAAGAGACAUGCUUAUUUA